AUGAACGCCCAGGUCUCGUUCCUCGAUGGCACAUACACCCUGAUCCACAUCCCUCUAGAUCUCUACUCGGUUCUGCUGCAGCCCAUCCUCCGCGUCCUCCUCCCCCAGACUCAGACCCUCAAAUCCUCAAAAGGGGAGCCCGAACAUGAGCUAGAGGGCCUCAACUCCGAAAGCCAGCAUGGCUUCCUCAACAUCAGCGUCACUCCCAUGGAGUGCUCCAUCGUCUGCCACAGCUCCUGGGCGAAAAACGUCUUCGAGCCCGCCAUAAAGGACCUCCCCAAGGACCUCGCCAAGUCCGUCUCCAUAUCCAAGGACACCUACCUCGUCCUCUCCGUCAUCAGCGCCGGCAUGGACGCCGCUGGCCGUGUCAUGGAGCUGACAUCGCCCUUGGCCCUUGCCGGCAUCCCCAUCUUCUUCAUCACCACCUACUACUCCGACUUCAUCCUGGUGCCGAGCAAGGACAAGCAGACCGUCGUCAAGGCCCUGCUAGCCCGCGGCUUCGAGCUGGCCGACAACGAGUCCAACUUCGUCAGCCCCGGCGCCUCGGCCCACUCACGGGGCGGCAGCCAGACCAGCGGGCCCCCGCUGACCCCUCCGCCCUCGACCAUAGCCGAGCUUCAGGUGCGCACGUUCGACCUGCUUAAGAAGCGGAGCGUCGCCCCUUACGUCGAAGACGACCUCUUACUCGUCCAGUGCUCCGGCCGGGAAAUCUCCCAACUCGGCGGCGAGUUCUCCCACACCCAGCGUCCGCCCCUGAGCAGGCAGACGACGGGCAACUGCCACCGCCAGACGUGGCUCGACAACAUCGACGCGAAGCUGUACACAGCGAUGAUUUCGGCGCUGGCGGCGCGCCCUCGCUUCAUCUCCAUUACCCUGGCGCAGGAAGACCCGCCCUCGCUGUUGCUGGACAAGUCGCUCCUCGCCCUAUUUGGCGACUCCCUCGUCGGCGACACCAAGACGAACCUCGUCCCCAUUUUCCUGGACCUCGAGAGCCUCCCAUUCGAAGCCACAGGUAUCGUCUGCGGCGUGGCCGGCACGCUGGUGCAGGACAUGCGCACGGGAGACAGCGCGGGGCUGUCAUAUCUCUCCACCGCUAGAGCCGGUGCCGUCAUUCUCUCGUGCGAACAGUCGAUACGCGCCUUGGAGAUCCUUGAACCUAAGUUGUACAAGGCCUGA